CAAGGUUCCUCCUCUGAAACCAGCCCCUUUUCUUUAGCCAAUGUACAUCUCCCUUCCUCUCUCUCUUUCGCUUUCUCUCUCUCUGCCUCUGUCUGCUUCUGAAGUGUGAAGUACAAUCCCUAGAUAUUAAGAAGCAGCAUGAAUUAACACAAGCAAGCACAAGGCAGUCAACAACAACAAAAAUAUGUUGGACUUUGUUGGACUCUUGCUGGAGAAGGUUUUCUUCUACUUAAACUUAAAACUUUUCAGCACUUCAGCCCCUUCAGCUGAGGCAGACAAAAAUGCAAACUAUUAUGAGGUUUCUUCGUUAAAGAGGGGAGACCUGUUGGAGGUGCCACGUACUCUCUUCAUUCACUUUGGCAUUUACCUAGGUGACAAUAAAGUUGCUCACAUGAUGCCAGACAUCCUCCCGGUGAUAACUGAUGACAAGGAACUGAUUCAGAAAGUGGUGACAAAUAAAAGACUUCUGAUGGGGGUUCUCACCAAAGUAGCCAGCAUCAGGGUAGACACAGUGGAAGACUUUGCCUAUGGAGCAAGCAUCCUAGUUAAUGAAAUGGAUGAGCUCUUUAACAAUAAACCCCUUCCUAAUGAAGAUGUAGCCCAGAGAGCCGAGAAGCUAAUAGGACCCACUCCAUACAGUUUGUUGUGGAAUAACUGUGAACACUUUGUAACUUACUGCAGAUAUGGCAGCACUGUCAGCUUUCAGACAGACAAGUUCUGUGAAACAAUAAAGAUGAUCAUCCGUGACAACAGAAGUGUUAUUGCUACAGCUCUCUUUGGGUUGGUUUCCAUGUUUUGUCUAGGAAUGGGACCUUCAACAGCACUUCCCACUAUCUUUGUUCCUUUUUUCUGUGGAUGGCUGGUUAAUGACAAACAAAAUGGCUUUAUACUACUUGAAAGUCUAUAAAAUUCUUGUAAAUAUUCCAUAUGUGUAAAUGAAGAGGGAAAUUUUACAAGGCCCUGCAUGAGCCAGAGGUGAUGCCUUAUUGUUAUAUUUAAUAUGUAAUCAAAGCAGUAUAUGGCACAUUCUGUUAUCUUACUAUGUAAGCCAGUAAAAAUGUAAAUUGUUAAUCUUUAUGUAUUUAUCAGGAUUUAUACAUUUUUGUAAAUGUAGUUUAUUUUCUAUGAGACAAAGGAUUGUAUACCAUUAAUGCAUUAAGUGGUUGCUAUAAGCAAAUAUAUUCACUUAAAUGUGACAAUAAUGUCAUGUAUUUAUGUGUAUAGUACUUUUGUUACAUUCUUGAUCUGUUAUAAAGAGAAAUGCGCAUAUUUAGUGCUCUCCUUUGUAUGGGUAUGGAUUUUGUUCAUACUGUUAAUCAUAUACUGUAGUAAAAAAACAGACAGAAGAAGAUGAAUGAUGGAGCAUAUUUCCUAAAGAAAAAAAAAACAGUUAAAACAUUACUAAAUAAAAGUGUGCACUUUCUUCA